GGUAGGUUUCCGUGUCAGAGAGUCAGGAGGAGCUAAUGGCUGCGGAGCGACCGGAGCGGCUUCACUGACUCGUCUUGUUUACAAAUGGAGGAAAGAACUGUCUACGAGUAGUUGGAGCUUCAGCCAAUGAUCCCCCCCUCCCGUGCUCGUCUUCCUCACACACCUUCACCUCCCGGCUCUGCAGCCCAGCCCCGGCAGCGUGGACCCGUCCCUCUCCCCAGGCCUCGAGCCCUCCCAUCGGCGGCCCGCUCCGGCGGUGUGUUGGUGUACGAUGGCGCGGUGGGAUGCUGAGGGCUGCCGCGGGGGACUGUGAUGUCAGAGCCCAACAGCCCGGGCGAGAGCCGGCGUGGCGCUCCCAGAUUCUUCGUGGGCUGCGAGGACGAUGAGAGCGAGGCCCUGGAGGACAGCAUGAGGACAGACAUGGAGCUGUAUGAGGACGACGAAGACACAGACUCGCCCCCGGAGCAACAGAUCGAGGUGGGGAUCUGCUGCAUGAUGAAAAAGUCCAAGUCCAAGCCGAUGACCCAGAUCCUGGAGAGGCUGUGCCGGUUCGAGUACAUCACGGUGGUCAUCUUCCCAGAGGACGUCAUCCUCAACGAGUCCGUGGACAAGUGGCCUCUGUGCGACUGCCUCAUCUCCUUCCACUCUAAGGGCUUCCCACUGGACAAGGCAGUGAGCUACGCCAAACUCAGAAAUCCUCUGCUCAUCAACGACCUGAACAUGCAGUACUACAUUCAGGACAGGAGGGAGGUGUAUCGCAUCCUGCAGGAGGAAGGGAUUGACCUGCCACGCUAUGCCGUGCUGAACCGUGACCCAGAUAAACCAGAUGAAUGCAACCUGGUGGAAGGAGAGGACCACGUGGAGGUGAACGGAGAGAUCUUCCAGAAGCCUUUCGUUGAGAAGCCCGUCUGUGCCGAGGACCACAACGUCUACAUCUACUACCCCACGUCUGCCGGUGGUGGCAGCCAGCGUCUCUUCAGAAAGAUUGGGAGUCGCAGCAGCGUGUACUCACCGGAGAGCUGUGUGAGGAAGACGGGCUCGUACAUCUAUGAAGAGUUCAUGCCAACAGAUGGAACUGACGUCAAGGUCUACACAGUGGGACCGGACUACGCUCAUGCUGAGGCCCGGAAGUCUCCAGCUCUGGACGGGAAGGUGGAGCGAGACAGCGAAGGCAAGGAGGUGCGCUACCCUGUCAUGCUCUCAGCCAUGGAGAAACUGGUGGCCCGCAAGGUCUGCCUGGCCUUUAAGCAAACUGUGUGUGGCUUCGACCUCCUCAGAGCCAACGGACACUCGUAUGUGUGCGACGUCAAUGGUUUCAGCUUCGUGAAAAACUCAAUGAAGUACUAUGACGACUGUGCCAAGAUCCUGGGGAACAUUGUGAUGCGUGAGCUGGCUCCUCAGUUUCAGAUUCCGUGGUCUAUCCCGACUGAGGCCGAGGACAUCCCCAUCGUCCCCACCACUUCAGGGACCAUGAUGGAGCUGCGCUGUGUGAUCGCCAUCAUCCGACACGGAGACAGGACGCCGAAACAGAAGAUGAAGAUGGAAGUCCGUAACCCCAUGUUCUUCGAUCUGUUUGACAAAUAUGGAGGCUACAAAACGGGGAAACUGAAGCUGAAGAAACCCAAACAACUGCAGGAGGUGCUGGACAUCACACGGCAGCUGUUAGCAGAACUAGGACAACACACUGACUGUGAGAUAGAGGAGAAGAAGUCCAAACUGGAGCAGCUGAAGACGGUUCUGGAAAUGUACGGUCACUUCUCUGGGAUCAACAGGAAAGUGCAGUUAACCUACCUGCCACACGGGCAGCCCAAGACCUCCAGUGAGGAGGAAGACACGCGUAAGGAAGCUCCGUCUCUGCUGCUGGUGCUGAAGUGGGGGGGGGAGCUGACUCCUGCUGGACGAGUUCAGGCCGAGGAGCUGGGAAGAGCCUUCCGCUGCAUGUACCCCGGAGGUCAAGGAGACUACGCUGGAUUUCCCGGCUGUGGGUUACUGCGUCUGCACAGCACCUACAGACAUGACCUGAAGAUCUACGCCUCUGAUGAAGGACGGGUGCAGAUGACGGCCGCAGCUUUCGCUAAGGGUUUGCUGGCGCUGGAGGGGGAGCUGACACCCAUCCUGGUGCAGAUGGUGAAGAGCGCCAACAUGAACGGGCUGCUGGACAACGACAGCGACUCGCUGAGCAGCUGCCAGCACCGGGUCAAGGCCCGACUCCACGACAUUCUGCAGAAGGACCGGGUCUUCAUCGAUGAAGACUACGAUCGGCUGGCGCCGAACUGCAGCGCCUCUUUGGUGAAUUCGAUGAAGAUCGUCCAGAACCCGGUGUUCACAUGUGACCAGGUCUACGCCCUCAUUCAGAAUCUCACUUCUCAGAUCCGCAAAAGAAUGGAGGACCCCAAGUCGGCCGACCUGCAGCUGUACCACAGUGAGACACUGGAGCUGAUGCUGCAGCGCUGGUCCAAACUCGAGAGAGACUUCCGCAUGAAGAACGGCCGCUACGACAUCAGUAAAAUCCCAGAUAUCUACGACUGUGUAAAGUAUGACGUGAUCCACAACGCCUCCCUGGGCCUGGAGGACACACUGGAGCUGUUCCGACUGUCCCGAGCUUUGGCCGACAUCGUCAUCCCACAGGAAUACGGCAUAAAUAAAGGGGAGAAAUUGGACAUAGCGUACGCCUACUGCCUCCCACUGGUCAGGAAGAUUCUGCUGGACCUGCAGAGGACCCACGAGGACGAGUCUGUCAACAAACUACAUCCUCUGUACUCUCGAGGAGUGAUGUCCCCUGGACGCCACGUCAGGACACGUCUGUACUUCACCAGUGAAAGUCACGUCCACUCUCUGCUCAGCAUCCUCCGCUACGGUGGCCUGCUGGAUGAGGAGAAGGACCAGCAGUGGAAGCGUGCCAUGGAUUACCUCAGUGCUGUGUCUGAACUCAACUAUAUGACUCAGUUAGUCAUCAUGUUGUAUGAGGACAACAAUAAGGAGCUGACCUCCGAGGAGCGUUUCCACGUGGAGCUUCACUUCAGCCCGGGGGUGAAAGGCGUGGAGGAGGAGGAGAACGCUCCCACCGGCUUCGGCUUCAGGCCGGCUUCUGCAGAGGUAGCCCGGCAGAACGGCCAGAAGCAGCCGGACCCCGGCAGCCUGGAGGACCUGUCCCGGGACGAGACGGACCGCGCUGUCCCGCUGUCCGAGCCCAUCGCCAUCCAGAGGAAGUCCCCACUCAUACGCAACCACAAGACUGGAUCCAUGGAGGUCCUGUCGGAAACCUCCUCCUCCAAAGCUGGCAGCUACCGCCUCUUCUCCUUCUGCUCGCGUCAGUCGCCCGAGAUGAAACAAAGUGGACUAGGCUCUCAGUGCGCCGGCCUCUUCAGCACCACCGUCCUCGGUGGGUCCUCUAGCGCCCCUAACCUGCAGGACUACGCACGUGCACACCGCAAAAAAUUCUCCACCGGCAGUCUGUCCUACAAAGACGGAACACAAGACGACACGUCCACCAUAGCAGUGGCUCCACCUCUGUGGUGCAGUGCGACAGAGCCCUUUGAGGAGCACCAUGUGGCCCAGUUAUUGAGGCCUUUCUUCACCGACCCCAGCUUGAGCCGCCACCUCUCUCUGGACGGGGCGCUGGCCCACCACCUCCACCAGUGCUCCUACCACCUCCGCCUCUUCAGAAACUGGCUCAUCUCCGGCCAGGAGCCUCUUGAGUACCUCUACGGCUUUGAAGGCUGCUCCAUGGUGCCCUCCAUCUAUCCUCUGGAGACGCUGCACAACUCCCUGUCGCUCAAACAGGUCGACGAGUUCCUCACCGGAGUGUGUGAGAGUGCCGGGGACCCGCACACCAGGACCACCAGAGCUCUGUCAGCCAUGUUCGACACCCACAACCAGCCGUCAGUGGACUCGUUCAUCCCCCAGAGAGUCCUGUCCUCCUCCAUCUCCCUCAGGUCCCGCUCGGACCGGCCUCCUUGGUACAGCAGCGGUCCGUCCAGCACAGUGUCCAGCGCGGGGCCGUCCUCUCCCACCACAGCUGACACGUCCCCACGCUUCAGUUUCAGUGAUAAGACCUCCCUGACCUCUCAGAGCAGCGAGGAAACCCACUCGUCUCAGAACAUGGCCUCUCAGCCAGCGCCUCACGUGGGGCCCCUGGACCCAGCUGGACCUGCAGCCUCUCACCCCGCUGGAGUCCCACUGACUCCAAACAACUCCCCAGAGGACGAUGACGCCACUGGUCUCCAGUCAGAUCAUCCUGAGGACGGACCAGCCUCUGCCCCGGUGGAACUAUCGGAUCCUGACCUGAGGCCGGCCUGCUCUGCGCUGGCUGAGCUGGCCCUGGGUCGGAUGGAGGGCUACUGCCUCCCCAGCUCUCUGCCUGUGCUCCUGGAGCUCAGAGAGAGCAGCAGUGAGGCGGGCUCCAGCUCCCAGACGCCUCAGUCCCCUGAGGGGCCGGACGAGUUCUUUGACACCCAGGAGUCCAUGGAGCUGUGGAUGGACAGUCCAGAGAGCCCCCCCCCGCCGGACACGCCUCUGGAGGCCGGAGCCACUCACCCAGCUGAGCCAUAGAGCGUCUCACCUGGUUUAGUCUGUAGCUUUACUGCCGUCUCCAUGGUUGUCAAUCAUUAUCCAACCAGCCCCCCCCCCCCCCCCCCCCCCGAGCUUGACCGAGCUGUGCAGCUGGUCCUGUGUUGGACAAUCAUAAGAUGAUGUCGUAUUGUCCGUUGCCUUUCACUGAGCCAAUCCCCGGCUCAGUCUGUCUCUGUCCGUCUCCACUAUCUGGCCACUAGGGGCAGAAGAACUGACCCAAUUGUGUCUGUGACUUUGUUUCAUCAUCCACCCGAUGAACGUGGAUCCUCCCUGUUACCGGCUCGGCGCUAAUGUCCGAUGUCAGGAAAUCGAUUGUCCAUGUUUCCACAUCUGAUCAGUUUUUAAUUGACCAUAAAUAUAUUGAUUAAUGGAGCUUUGAACUGUCAGCUCUCGAACCUGCAGCAGACGGACCAUGUGUGAUGUCACCUCGUGAUGAUGUCACCUCGUGAUGAUGUCACCUCAUCGUAGACACACGAGCACAAACGUUCUACGUGUUUGUUACAGGAAAAAGUGAAAAAACUAUGGAUGAGUCUUCAUCAUGCACCGAUCGUCUUCAUCAUCAGAGUCUUCAUCACUAACGUGUGGAGGUUUCAAGUGUGUGUCUCUCCAGGUCAAAGUGUGUGUGUCUCCAGGUCAAAGUGUGUGUCUCUCCAGGUCAAAGUGUGUGUGUCUCCAGGUCAAAGUGUGUGUGCACUGCUUACUGCCAAAGUCCUUAAGCCUCCAAGAUUUAAUAUAAUCAGUAGAGAAAGAUGGAGACGAUAUUUAUUUUGAAACUGCAGCUUGAAGAGAAAUAUCUGGUAUUUUUAAUAGCUUCACAUUAGAUAUUUAAUAUUACCAUAGCUAAAGUAUAUUCUCUGUGAAAUCGCUUCAUAUGGGACAAAAGUCUAAAAUCCUUUUAUCACUGAACAAACAGGAGGGGAGUUUUACAUUCAGUGCUUUUAUUGUGGCGAACAGUGAUGUAGCAGGUGGGGGGGUUCAUGUUACAUUGUGAUGUUCAGAUGUGUAAAACACACAACUGUGAGUCUGACGUGUCUGUGUACAGAUUAAAAUCAUGACACCACACACGUGUCUUUAACUUCAG